AUGGCGGCCUCGACGGCUUCGCACCGGCCCAUUAAGGGGAUCCUCAAGAACAAGACCUCUACGACGUCCUCUGUGGUCGCCGCCGCCGAGCAGCAGCCCAGCAAGAGUGUCGACGAAGAGCUGAGUAAGAAAUCCCAGAAGUGGGAUGAAAUGAACAUCCUGGCGACAUAUCAUCCAGCAGACAAAGACUAUGGUUUGAUGAAAAUAGAUGAACCAAGCACUCCAUACCACCGUAUGAUAGGUGAUGAUGAAGAUGCAUUGAGUGAUUCAGAAAACACUGAAGCCCUGACCCCAGAUUCGUUAGCUAAGAAAUUAGCCGCUGCUGAAGGCUCGGAGCCAAAGUAUCAGGUUCAUGUACAAGACAGCAGUGAAGAUGAAGACAGUGACCUCUCACCUGAAGAACAAGAAAAAAAGCGACAGUUUGAAAUGAAAAGGAAGCUGCACUACAAUGAAGGACUGAAUAUGAAAUUAGCUAGGCAAUUAAUUUCAAAAGACCUACAUGAAGAUGAUGAAGAUGAAGAAAUGUUAGAGAGUGCACUUGGAGAAAAUAUGAAUAUGGAAGACUCAAAUCAAGGAUCUACUACAGGUGACCAACUGCAAAACAAAUCACAGAGUUCAUAG